AUACUGUGGCUUAUUGCUGUCGCAAGCCGUAAUAUUUCUUAAACAUCUGAUUCAAUUUUUAUGCUUCCUCAAAUAUACCAGCCAAUGGACAGCGCCUAGAGAUGAUGCUUUUUGUAACAUGUCCUGCAAGGUCCUGAGCAUUUCACCUUCGAUCUGGUUCCCAAAUUGGCUCCGAUCGCUGUGAGUGGUCCAAUAGUCGGCACACUUUAUCAAAAAAGCCACCCCAGGCAGGUCGACUUUGCGAAGACCUCAGAGCUGCCUGCGUCUGCAUCACGUAGGGGGUUUGCAGAGGACAAGAAACACCUGAGGGGAGCACCCGCGGACUACGCGCUCAAUUUUUUUUAUAAUUCUUAUAAAGAAAUACGCAACCAGUUCUUGCCCCCAAAGCCGUGCCGUUUCUCUACAAUGCGAAGGAUCAUCUGGUCUGGUGCAACCCAGCUUAAUAGAUUUUAAACUGUCGGCAACAAUGAUAGAUACUGUUUCUUCCCACUCGACUAUGCUCGCUUCUGCCGAAACCGUCUCGCCCGCGGCGUCGACAGCCCUUUAUUUCGACCCUCUGUACGAUCAACCCCCAGUUGGUAAACCUACUUAUGGUAGCCCACGGGCAUUUAAGAAACAUAAGGUUCUCCCUCAUCCGAGAAAUAAUCGGCCUACCUCAACGGCUAGGAAUCGCCAUUCCCGUGACCUGUCUAUCGAUACAACGUCGAUCCCGGAAUCGCAUGUGAAGCCAGAAGAACCGACCACCCCGACGAACCCGAAGCACGACGAUAGUCCCAACGUCAAAGUUCCUGGACCCGCUCUCCCUCCUACGCCACCGGCGCACUCUCGUACCUCUUCAGGAAGCCACUCGAUUCAGCCCUCGAGUCCGACCUAUGUCGGUAGUCCGGUGCGAAGUGCUACAAACACUCCAGUAGACACGACACCGAGAACUCCACCUCACCAGACGAGCCCACCCACGCCAGACGUGACCCCUCCGCAGCCCGAGCGUCGAUCGAGACCCUCCCGCCCCGUUUUAACAGAUCGCAUUCCAUCAAAGGCUACAGCAGAUUCUCGGACAGAAUCUUUCACCACAGCACCUGAAAACGUGGAGUCUUCCGAAGAAGACGACAUACUCCAGUUGACACCUCGGCCCAUCUUGACCUCUAGCAAGGCGACCCAGACCGUAGCAAGACGCGUAAUUGACGCAAGACAAAAAAGAGCAGCAGACGUGGGACUAGGCUUGGGCCUCGAAUCUGACGAUAAUCUUACACCUGGGACGAAACGGGAAUUCUCAUCUUUUGAUGGUGACUGGGGUAAUACGGCCAGCGGAGCUGAGAAGGGAUGGGACGGUAAACACGAUAGGAAUGACAGAGUGGAGAAGCGACGUGUCCAAUCUAAGACUAAUGGACAAAAAGCUGCCAAAGUAGUCGAGGAUGUGACGAUUACUCCGACCAAUGCGACAAAGGCUUUACGAUCGAUGCCCCUGUCUGACCGAUUACAUACGCAACCUUCACCACCUCCGGAAUCUACGAACAGGGAUACGCGCUGGACCGCGCCGUCUACUUCCGAGUCCUCGGUGAGUACUGACGUUAGGCGGUCCUCCGGAAUGUCCUCGAAAUCUACCGUCUCUACAGUCGUAGAGGCUAUUUUAGUCGGGACGCCUCCUCAGAGGCGUAAGACGUUGCGCCAUGUUAGGAAGCAACCUGCCCUUAGGGAUUCUAGCUCGGAGAUCUCACCCUCGAGCUCAUCGGCGAAUACAUCUCUUCGCCUGACGGAGAGCUCUCAGCGUGCGAGACCUCCUAGAAGGGCUAUCGAUAGUACUGUACGAUCAGAAAGUCUUGCAUCGACUAAUACGGCUUACUCUGUCGCCAGCCGAAAGGCUCGCAAGGAAGUUUGGAAGAGCGGGGGAAUUCCCGUAGUCGUCAUCCCUGAUCGUAGAGCCUCCAUGAAAGCUACCGAACCACCGUCGCUAAGGUCUACGAGUAGUCACCACUCUAAGAGAAGCAAUAGUCUAAGUUCGGCACCAUUAUCAAAUCCCUCUAAAGUGAAGGACCUGACACCCUAUUUUGAUAAGCCUUCUCGAAGAGGUAGAGCAAUGUCAGAAUCUGAAGGAUCAGUUCGAGUGGACGAAUUAACUAUGGACUACCCUCCAAUUGUUCCUUUGCGUAGAUCUUCUUUAUCGGCCCCAACUAGUAGGAACGGGUCUAGGGCUGGUUCUCGUGCCGGAUCACUGACCGCCGAAAGCUUGAAGGCGCACAAUACUUUCUUGGAGGAAGAGGGCAAACAGCAACACCAACAACAAAACCAACAGCAGCACCAACCACCACCACCACACGUAACGGUGGAACGUGCGCCUCCCGUCGAGUAUAUGAAUACUCCUCCCGAACAGAGACAACCUGAUCCGGCUCCAUCAGUUGAGUCGCACAAAGAUGGCUCCCAUGACCACAGGCCACUUGUCGACAAUAACGGGGACCCCUUCUUCGGCAAACGGUUGACAGCGCACAACACCCCAUUUUCUCAGGCGUCUGUCGAGACAAACGGGACUCACUCUGCGGCAGAUAUUUCUGAAGCGAUGGCGGUGAAUAUUUACCCACAUCAAAACAAGUCUGUUUUGAUGGUUCAUCAUAUGUCGAAACCCGUGGAUCCUGUUGCUGCCGCAAACGCUUUGCGAAGUCCAGAACCUCCCCAAAAUGGAAACGCUGCGGGGACGGGAAAUUUUCUAGACACACCUAGGAUUACAGCAAGCGGCCCGGACGGAGCACCUGCGACACCUCCCCAACAUCAAUUUUCAAUGGACGAUGUAGAUUCCCCUCUAAGGAACCCGCGUGCUCCUCCUGAACCGCCUGCAAUCAAGUUUAUCCCAGCUACGCCGUCCGGGCUCACUCCAACUACUGAAAAGGAGAAGAUGCUCGGAAACUACUUUGAAGAGACCCAAAAGCGGCCUUCCCUAGUGCGCCGUGCUUUUAGCCUUCGCAAGAGCUCGGAUAACGUUCGUCCAUCUGGGUUCCUCUCGCGAACUCUAUCUCUCUCGAGAACACUUCGAAAAGACACCGCCGAGAAUCCCGCACUCGAUAGAAGCAAGGAGGUUAGAUCACACCAGUAUCCAACAGUUGAUGACCCACCACCUGACGAGUCCAAACUUCACCCAUUCUGGCGACCUACUUUCGAAGAUGGCGACGACGAUUUUGACGACUUGGAACGUGACAUCCCCCCGGAGGUGGAUACGGUCUACCGGUACCCGCCGGUUGCUCGUCGUAGAAGUUUGAGCGAGCGGAUGAAGCGUACGUUUGCUAUUCUUCCCAUAGAGGACGAGGAUCACUAUACUGCCUCUGGCCAGCGCAGUCCAGAACGUCGAACAGUCAAACGUACGCCGAGCGGUAGACUCCGUGUGAUGAGACACCAUGACAGCUCUAGUAGUCUUGAUUGGGGUAAUCGUCGGUAUUCCCGUGACUACGAAUCAGAAGGACGACCAUCUACCGCCCCCGACGAUCCAAAUCGACGCGCCUGGGGAAUUGAGAAGCGUGUGGACGACAGGGGACGCAGACUUUUCCCUAACUGGCAGGAUAAGCUAGAACAGUAUCGGCCGCAGAAUCUCCAGCGCAGAUUAAGCGAACACCGUCGACAGAAACGUACUGAGGUCCUCCGACAGAAGAUUAGUGGACCGCGUGAGGUCCGUGAUGGCGUAGGGGAGGUUAUCAAGCGCAACAGUUAUAAGGGACCCUCUUAUCAGACUGCGUCGCAUAUCCAACCCACGUCGAACGGCAAGACACACUACCAACAGCCCGAAGUACAUCGACGCCGGGGGCCUAUUCGAGUCUAGCUGCCUUUCGAUUUAUGGACUUUGUUCUGAAUUAUAUUCGUAUAGGUGCUAAUGAUGGAAGUUUCUGUCUUGGGAUCGAGUAUAGUGUUCGACUUUCGAUUUUCCAUACCCAUGUUAUCAUCAUCAUCAUCGCCGUGAUUGUUACUGAACACUCACACUACACCUAACAACAACCAUUCCCCCUAAUGACAUGUCAUUUGCCCCCCAUUGAC